UGACGUUAUUGAAAGGAAUAAAGUAAAUUUCAUACCACUUUUCGAGGGAAAAAAAGAAAGAAAAAAGAAAAAAAAAAAAAUGUUAACAACUCUAAAUACUCAUGCAAGCCAGAGUACUCGCGAAUGACAGAUGACAGUGUGAGAUAUAUAUAAGACCUCGCACCCUCACGUUUAUGUCAUAACGAACGGUAGUCAGUCACUCUCACCUCUCUCUACACAUUCGCUCUCUAGACAUGGCUACAUCAUUUCUUCCUAUUCUCUCACUCCUCACCAUCCUUCUUUCUCUCUCAUCUCUCUGCACUGCAGCAUCCGAUUCCCUAGACUCAUUCGUCUACGGUGGCUGUACACAGGUUAAAUACGUCCCAGACUCACCCUACGAGUCCAACCUCAACUCACUCCUCACCUCCCUGGUCAACUCAGCCACCUACUCAAUUUACAACAACUUCACCAUCAUGGGUUCGAGCCCGCAAGACGUAGUCUACGGCCUCUACCAAUGCCGCGGCGACCUCUCUAUGCCGGACUGUGCCAUGUGCGUGACUCGCACGGUGAGUCAACUCGGGCCGCUGUGCUCCCAAACUUGUGGAGGAGCUCUACAGUUACAAGGGUGUUUCGUCAAGUACGAUAACGCUUCCUUUCUGGGUGUGGAGGACAAGACUGUGGUGUUGAAGAAAUGUGGGCCGUCGACUGGGUAUGAUACGGAAGGAAUGGGCCGUAGAGAUGCGGUUCUGGCCGGCUUGGCUGGGUCCAGUGAGCACUACAGAGUUGGUGGGUCCGGGGAUGUGAAGGGCGUGGCUCAGUGUGUUGGGGAUUUGAGUGUGAGCGAGUGUCAGGAUUGUGUUUCGGAGGCGAUCGGACGGUUGAAGAGUGACUGUGGCACGGCAGUUUAUGGUGAUAUGUUCCUGGCCAAGUGUUAUGCAAGGUACUCAACUAGUGGGGCCCACCUCUAUUCUAAAUCAGAUAAGGAUUCUUCUACUAAUGAUGGUGAGAAGACAUUUGCAAUUAUCAUUGGAUUAUUAGCUGGAGUUGCUCUGAUCAUUAUAUUCCUAACUUUCAUUAGAAAGGUGUUUGAAGGAAAUGGUAAAUAAGUAGCAACUUUGCAAAACACUGUCCUCCACUCUCAACCCUCCCUCAUUUGAUUUACUUUUUGUACCUCUUUUGGCUUUCUUUUUUUCUUGUUUUUUUUUUCAAAUCUUUAUGAUGUCAAAUUACCUUUUUCUCUUUCUAUGGAAUUUCUUUAUAUUUCUAUUGAAAAGGAGAUUGUGAAGAAAAGAUAUGUCUAGGGACAAUUACCCCUUAAACAAAAGGUAAAAAGGAGGAGGAGGAAAAGGAGGCUAAAGAUUCCACCUUCCUCUCCACUUAACAAAGUAGUGAGUGUUGUGUAAUGUCAAGAAAAUCACAUACUGUUUCUGUAAAGUUGCAGACUGUGUUUCUUU